ACUUCCUUCUACCUUGUAGGCCCAAUAUCAAUCCCAAUCUCAUCUGGUGUCGAUCCGCCGUUUCAGAAAGAAAAAUGAAACGAUAAUGGCAGCGGUCGAGCGUUGAGGAAAUGAAUCAAAAUCCCAAAUUCUCGGUCCCAACACUCCAUGCAAUCAUGUACAUGAUAAACCCCAGCUAUAGGAUUUAUGUUGUUUGUAGCAAGUGAACUCGCUCCCCAUGUCCCAGAAGCGGCCUUCCUGGACCAUUGAUCCGGACCUCGACGGCAUCGACCUCGACCCAUCCGAUUUCGCCGCCUCCGUUCCUCUCAAGAAGGUUCCAAACGGUGACGUUUUCGAAGCGUCCCGUGCGGGAGACGUCGACCGCCUCCGCUAUCUCCUGGAGUCGGGAGUGAACGUGAACGCGCGGGACCAGUGGGACUCCGUGGCUCUCUAUUAUGCUUGCCUCGCUGGCCAUCUCGACGCUGCAAGGAUGCUGCUGGAGAGCGGGGCCAUAUGCUCUGAGCACACUUUUGACGGCGACAGGUGCCACUACGCGGCACUCAAUCUCAAGGUUAGGAAGUUGCUCAAGGCGUUCGAGGCCCGUCCGCCUCCUCUCGGUCCCUUGCAGGCCGCUUUAAGGGAUACCUUCUUGGCUUGUGCCAGUAACAGGGCAUAUCUGGAGCAGGCCGACGCUGAUUUUGACGUUGCAGGUUUUUCAUCCAUCGGAGCAUCCAAUUCCAACCACUUCCCUCCAGAUGUCAUUUUUUUUGUGCGUGGUAGAGCUAUAGAAGCUCAUAGGGUUAUCCUAAGUGCUCGGUCACGAUUUUUUAGAACAAAGUUUGAGAAUGAUUGGAAGGGCCGAAGAGAAGUCAGAUUCUCCAAAGAAGAGUUGUCCUAUCCUGCUCUUUACAGACUCAUCCACUUUUUCUAUUCUGACAGGCUAGAGAUUGCUGUCGAUGACAUGCAAGAUCUUUUGAGAAUCUGCAAAAAGUGCAAAUGUGAAUCAUUACAACAGAUCAUUGAGAAGGAACUGAUUCACCAAAAGUAUGCAGAGUAUAAAGCACUGAGAGAUAUUGACAAUGCUCAGAAACGGUUCAUCUUACAGGGCCUUUCCCUUCCUGAAGAAGACCGCCUUCCUGCUGCCUUGCAUAGGAUCCUUCAAACUUCACUUGUAAAGUCUUCCAUACAGCCCAACUUAGAUAAUGGUAUUGACAGCCUGGCAGGAGCUUUUGGUGCUAUAAAAAUCAGUGACUCCAUGGAUGACCUUGCAGAUGUUUGUGUAAGAGUUGGCAAAAAGGUUUUUCGUUGCCAUCAAGUUGUUUUAGCUUCAAGAUCAGAGUACUUCAAAGCAAGAUUGUGUCAUAUGAAUGAUUUUUAUAAAGGGAAACAUGGACCUAACAAUUCCCUUCCAUGUCUUGAAGAGUGUGAUCUAAGCACAGAGGCAUUUGAGAAAAUGAUUGAAUAUAUGUACACUGAUGGUUUGAAGGAUAUAGAUCCAGAGCAGGCAGAGGAAAUGUUUGAUGCUGCUUCUAGAUAUCUGUUGUUCCCUCUUAAGCGGGCAGUAGCUGAUGCAUUAUUGCCACACCUGGAAAUGGUCUUCCCUGCCGAAUUAUGCCAUUGGCUAAUUUUGUCAGACUUGUACUCUUCUUGCUUAUCUAUUGCUUUCUCAAAUAUAUUAAUCAGAUUUAUGCUUUACACUUAUUCCAAGCUUUUACAUCAAAUUUAUUCUGAACUUAGGAUUGAAUAUUCUAGUUAGUGUGUUAAAUAUGCAGUCGAUUAACAGUCCUCACAGAGCUUGGAAAACUGUUUGUGAACCUUGGAAUGAGGCAUCUUGAUGUAGGACAAAACAAGCUUGCAGAGAAAGCUUAGAGAAAAUUUUAUUAAGAGCAACUUGGAGUUUUGGAUCCCAAUAAUCAAAAGAAUAUCCUGACAUUUAAAUAAUAAUAAUAAGUAGUUUACCUAAUAACUAAACUAGGGUAUCUUAUUUAUAGACACCAAAACAAAACAAAAGUAGGAAGUUUAGAAGAUCCAGUAACUAGGAAAAUCAAUUAAAUACAAAAAGUUAGAAAAUUAAGAAAUCUAGGAAAUAAGAAAAUAAAUCUUCCUAUUCUCUUUCUUGUAAAAUUUUCCAAAACUUAGAAAAGAAAAUUAAAUCUUCCUAUUCUUUUUGGUUAGCUUCCCAAAACAUUUACGUUCUUUUAUUAGUUUUACCUUGUAUCUUCUAAUAUUGAAAUAUGCCCACUUUAGAAGCUUUUUACUCGGUAUCAUUCUCCUACACAUGCCGAACUAGAAAGAAGAGCGAAGUUGAAACUUGUCUCAAUAAUGCUUGAAGCUUGCGAGACUUGAAAUUGCCAUGAGAUAGCAUGAAUGCUUCUGAAAUCAAGGAUUUUGAGAAAUAGAGAACCAAUUACGAAUGACGAAUCCAUAAAGAAAUAAUAGCCAAACCCUUUUUAUUGUUAUUUGGAGCCAAAGAAUGUAGAAUAUGGGGUUUAAACCCCUCUUUCCUUAUGGAGUUUAAACCAACUAGAGUAUCUUUGCUGUCAACAUGAGCUAUGUUGUUGCUUGCCACUAAAUCAGAAGAUCCAUCACUAGAAAGCUCAACUAGAUCAAUAGGAAUAACAAUCUCGUUCAUGAUAUCUUCUUCUAUCUCAAUUACCUUAUUUGUGUGCAUACCUUCAAUUUCAUCAAUUUAUUCUUGAUCAUUAGGUUGCAACAUUUCCAUAAGAUUUUGCUCAAUCAUCAAAUUGUUCACCUUUUCAUCCUUUUGUUAUUCUUCAUGUUCCAUUGAAGUUUGAAGUAUGUUAUGUUCUUGUGUAACUGAAGAUUCAGAAUUUUCUCUAAGUCUUUUUAUCUUAGUUUCAUAUAUAUCAAUUUUAUCACUUAAGUCUUGGAGAACUAUUUUGAUACCUCUCAAAGAAAGUUUAUAAGGAUAAGAAUUAUCAUGUUGUCCCUGAUACGUCUCUUUUAUUGUAGGUGGAACACUUGUUUUGACUAUUUUAGACAUUGGAAAAUAAUAUUGGAUUUCCAUUUGAUAACAUCUAUCAUAUAAGUGAUAUUCUUGGAGAGAAUCUUGAGCCCAGUUAUCAUCUUCAUAAUGUUCAUAGGUCACAGGAGCUGUAAUCUUGCAAAAUGUCGAUUGAUUUAACUUUCUCCACAUAUCCAUAUUGAUCAAACAAUUCAUAAAAAGCAUAUCGUAAAUCCUCAUUUGUAAUUGAACCAUAUAGUCGAUAGAACAUAACUAAAAGAACAAGAUUAACUAACUCUAUUCAUGUUUUAGAUCCAUCAAGAAUUCCUCUUAACUCCAAGCAAACUUUUUCUAGAGUAUUGAUUUGUCAAAAAGUGAAUAUAGGACAAAAUGGUUGAAGGAAGGGGACCAUAAUAUAAAAUACUCUUGCUAGUCACAGAAGUAGGUGUAAUCACUUAGAUGAGUUAUGGAUUGAUGAGAGAAGGGCUAAGGGUGACAAUGAAUUGAGGGAAGCUGUCCAUGAUUAGUUUACUAAAUUGUAUACAGAAGACUUUGGGAUAAGGCCUAAACUUGAUAAUAUGCAACUUAAAAAAAUUUCUGAUAAUAGCAGACAAAUGUUGGAAGCAGAGUUCACUGAGGAAGAGAUUUAUGAGCGUUUAAAGUUUUGUAAUAGUGACAAAGCCCCGGGUCCAGACGGUUUUAAUUGAAAUUUCUUCAGGAAUUCUGGCAUGCUAUGAAGGGGGAUGUGAUGGAACUGUUUAAUGAGUUGCAUCAUGCUGGUAAGUUUGUAAAGUCAUUAAAUACAACCUUUUUGGUCCGCAUUGCAAAAAAUGUUGGGGGACAAGGAUAUUAGAGACUUUAGACCUAUCAGUUUGAUGAGUUGCAUUUAUAAGCUUAUUGUCACAGUUUUGGUUAGGAAACUAUCGAGAGCAAUUGGGGAGGUGAUAGGGGUUGCCAAUAUGCAUUUGUGGAAGGAAGACAGUAUGGAUGCAAUAUUGGUGACCAAUGAAGUAGUAGAUGAUUUGGUAGACGGGAGGAAGGAGGGUUUGAUUAGGAAGCUUGAUAUGGAGAAGGCGUAUGACCAUGUUUGUUGGGACUUUAUUAACUAUAUGUUAGGCAGAAUGAGUUUUGGAUAGAAGUGGCGAUGUUGUAUGCAGACCUGCAUGUCCACUACAUCUUUUGUUGUCAUCACUAGUGGAGGUCCGUCAAAUUUCUUUAAAACUUCUAAAGGGCUUCGCUAGAGUGAUCCCCUCUCUCCUUUAUUAUUUAUGAUAUUAUGGAAGCCCUGUAUGGCUUGAUGACAAAGACUACGGAUUUGGAACUGAUGAGGGGUGUGUUUUUUGGGUAGAGGAGAUAAUUUUAUUGAGAUUUUACAUCUUUUCUUCACAGAUGACACUUUGAUCUUUUGUCAUCCUGAGGUAAGGACUCUUUUGCAUUUAAGAUGUGUUCUAUUGUGGUUUCAAGCACUCUUUGGACUUAAAUAUUAAUUUGAAUAAAUCAGAAUUGGUUCGUAUUGGUGAUAAAAGAGAUGAGGUCCAACUUGCUAAGGUGAUGGGGUGUAAAGCAGGCAGCCUUCCAAUAAAAUACCUUGGGGCCCCAUUUGGGGCCAAAUACAAAGACCCGAGAACAUGGGAGCCGGUGGUGGAAUUAGUUGAGAAGAGACUUGUUAGUUGGAAAAUGAAGUUCUUAUCUAAGGGUGGAAGGCUCACUUUAAUUUGAAGCACACUUGCUAAUUUUACCAUUUAUUUUCUCUCCACCCUGACGAUUCCAGUAAAGGUUGCAAGGAGGUUGGAAGCCAUCCAAAGUCAUUUCCUUUGGGGUGAUGUGGAGGGAAAUAAGAUGUAUCACUUGGUUAAUUGGGAUGAUGUCAAAAACCCUUUUAACCAAGGAAAUUUGGAGUUUUAGAUCCCUUAUUGAGAUGAAUGGGGUUUUUCAAGGAAAGUGGUUGUGGAGGUUUUUGAAGGUUGAGAGUAGGAUUUGGAGGAGGGUAAUUGAGGUUAGAUGGGGUGGUCUUUGGUGGGUGGUUAAGAGAGAGAGAGAGAG